UCAUUUGAUGAAUCGUGUGAUGGUGAAGCAGCGACAAACCUGGAAUGCUUAUAUGUCGAGAAAUCGGAUAACAGCACGAGCAAACGAUCACCGCUGCUCGGGCGGCAGAAUACCAUUGCAGCGCAGUCCGGUAAUCAGUCGAUGGAUACGAGAGGCGACACAUCGCAAGCACUCAAUUCCAACAAUGCUUCGUAUAACAUUCGCUUGUUCACAACUGCGUCAACCUCAACACCAGCGCCGUCACCUACGCCAGUAGUGGCGCUGGCACCACAAAUCGCGAUAACAGCGCCAGUUGCGAGGAGCUUAUUUCCGAGUCCGAAAACGGCAGCAGCAUCGAAAGGAACCUUCCAUGCACCGCCGCACGCAAUGGCACCGACCAGCUCUGCGGUACAGUCAGCCUCCGCAUCGCUUAUGAUGCAUUUCAAGAAUCUUGUAAAUGUUAGUUGA